CUGCAUCCCGUGCCAUCCCACGACGCCACGCGCCGUGAGCCCGUAACUGCCACCACCGUGCGCGCGCGAGAGAGAAAGAGCUUUGCGAGAGACAGACAGAGAGAGCAGGAUGGCGCAGCUUUGGGCCGUGUUCUUGGCCGUAGGGUCUCUCGCCAUCGGCAUGCUCGGGGUGCUCGGCGUCUGGCUCUGCUACCUGUUCCAGGCCGUGGCCAUGGGACCGCCUCCCGCCCCGCCUCCCUUGGCGCCGGAGCCGCGCGACGACGACGACGACAACGACAAGAACGGGCUAUCGAAGGCGGAGCUGACGCAGCUGGGCGGGGUCGUCCUGGCUGAGGCCGCGGCCGGCGAGGAGGAGGCGCUCUGCCCGAUCUGCCUCGACGCCAUGGAACCCGGCCGCGCCGUGCGCGUCCUCCCCGCCUGCAACCGCGCCUUCCACCAGGACUGCGUCGACCGGUGGCUGGCCAUCUCGCCGCGCUGCCCUGUGUGCAACAUCUGGGCCACGCCGCAGUCGCCACGGGCCUCGCCGGCGGCGACCAAGACUGCCCUGGGGUGUUGACAUGGGAGCGGCGGGCGCGAGCGUUCUUGACGAUUCUGGGUUUGCUCUGAACUUCUGAUCAAGAAGCGUUCUUGACAAUCUCUAGUUAGCUUUCUUGGCUCCGGGGAGCGGUUCUUGGUGAGUCCUUGUUCAUGGGUUGUCUAGAGGAUUCUAGGACGGGACUGCAUGAAAUUACCUCCAUUAAUUGUAGAAUUCUUGUUAGUUGUUAGAAAUCAGUAGGUUUUGCAGAUUUGGGUCCUUUUUUCUGGUAGGAUCAUCACAUUUGGCCCGAUUUGGACUAGUUGAUGAACGAGCAAAUACUAAAUGCUGUGAAGAUAACGAAUUAUGCUGUGGGAUAGCAUAUUAAUCCUAUUAAUCAGACGUUUUCCAAUUCUGAUUUUGUCAAUUUGAUUCUCUCUUUGAGCUAUCAAUGAGCAAACAUUGAAAGCCUGUACCUGUAAACCUGUAAUUGUAAACCCAUUAUAAAACGGAAGAGAUUUGUAAACUUUGCAA